AUGUCGGAGGACGAUCGUAUUACACUUGUCACUUCUCUCUCUCAUCUUGACGAGAUCCUUGCAGAAGCGAAAGCGAAGCUCACGAUCAUCGAUUUCUACGCGGCGUGGUAA